AGGCUUGUCUCUGGCCACCCUUGUCUGGGUCCUACCGGCGUCUUUGGCGACCUGGGGGAAGAUGGCGGCGCCCUGGUGCCGUGCCGCGUUUUUCGGGAUUGGGAGAUGCCGGGGCUUCAGCACCUCGGCCGCCCUGAGCCGCCGGACACCCCCGCUCGGGCCUAUGCCCAACGAGGACAUUGACGUGACCAACCUGGAGCGGCUGGAGAAGUACCGGAGCUUCGAGCGGUACCGCCGCCGGGCGGAGCAAGAGGCGCGGGCCCCGCACUGGUGGCGGACCUACCGGGAGCAUUUCGUGAAGGAGACAGAUCCCAAAGACAAAAUUGACAUUGGGUUGCCCCCACCCAGAGUCAAUCGGACCCAACAGCUGCUGGAGCGGAAACACUUUAUCAAGGAACUUCGAGCCAAUGCAGAAGAGGAAAGGGCAGCCCGACUCCGCACGGCCAGCAUCCCACUGGAAGCAGUGCGCGCAGAGUGGGAGAGGACAUGCGGCCCCUACCACAAGCAGCGUCUGGCUGAGUAUUACGGCCUCUACCGAGACCUGUUCCACGGUGCCACGUUUGUCCCCUGGGUCCCCCUACAUGUGGCUUAUGCCAUGGGAGAAGAGGACCUGAUCCCAGUGUAUCAUGGCAAUGAAGUGACUCCAACUGAGGCUUCCCAGGCCCCAGAGGUGACCUAUGAAGCCGACAAGGAUUCCUUGUGGACGCUACUACUCGUUAACUUGGAUGGACACCUGUUGGAGCCCGAUGCCGAGUAUCUUCACUGGUUGCUAACCAACAUCCCAACCAACAGGGUGGCUGAAGGACAGGAGACGUGCCCCUACCUCCCCCCCUUCCCUGCCCGUGGCUCCGGCUUCCACCGCCUCGCCUUCUUGCUCUUCAAGCAGGACAAGCCGAUUGACUUCUCUGAGGACACCCGUCCCUCACCCUGCUACCAGCUGGCCCAGAGGACCUUCCGCACUUUCGAUUUCUACAAGAAACACCAGGAAGCCAUGACUCCAGCAGGCCUGGCUUUCUUCCAGUGCCGCUGGGACGACUCAGUCACCCAUACUUUCCACCAGCUUCUAGACAUGCGGGAACCUGUGUUUGAGUUUGUGCGGCCACCCCCUUACCACCCCAAACAGAAGCGCUUCCCUCACCAGCAGCCCCUGCGCUAUCUGGACCGGUACAGGGACAGUCAUGAGCCCACCUAUGGAAUCUACUGAGAAGCAUAAUACAUUGAUCUCUGAGGAUGAGCUGGCACAGGCGGAAGGUCAUAGUUCAGGAGAGAGCCAUCUGAAGGCGUGUCUGAGACUGUCCCUUGCAGGCCCCUCCCAUCAGGCCCAGGGCCUUACUGUGAAGGUGCCUCAGUUGUGUGUGAAUAAAAUAAUUUUUCCUGGUGCCGAUAUGUACGCACU